GCGUGCGUGUGUGUGUGUGUGUAUGGCGUCGGCGCGAGGGAGUCCUGCUCAUCCUCGCAGCAAGUUGCGCUCCAGUAGAUCAGUAGAUUAAUGACAGGUUAUUGUGGCACCUACAGAAGCGUCACUCCUCAGAGGCGAGCCGAGAAUGAAUUUCACACUCACCUGCUGAAGCAGAUCAAGACGUGCUCCUACUUCAUCCACCGCUGUGGGCUCUCCGGCAGUUUGUGCGAAACACCUAGUAUCCGACAGGCAAAGAUGGAAUCAGAUGGCGAGGAGAGCAGAGCAUGCAACUCAAACAAGGCUGCAGUUCCGGUUGAAAGUUUGACAGAUCCUCUCAGCUCGUAUGGCCCCGCCGUGAGGAAGAGAAACGCUCAGGAUGGCCCGGGUGGCGGCGGAGGAGGCCCCGUCAACAAAAGGAAGUCUCUGCUGAUGAAGCCCCGGCACUACAGCCCGAGCCAGGCGGGCGAGGAGGAGAGCGAGGAGCUGGCAGCGGCACGGGACAAAGACAGCGAGCCGCGCACUGACACUCCAGCAGAUGGAAACAUAAACACACCAGAUGAGACCCUCUCCAAAAGCACCUUCCAAGAAACAAUAUCAAAGAGCCAUUAUUCACAAAACCGGUCUGGGGAUGUGGAUAAUGAAGCCCCCCCCUACGAGAAUGGCGCUUCUGGCACUCUGGAGGACGAAGAGGGGGGAGACGAGGCUGCAGAGCCGCAGGACGGGGGCCCGGCCAGCGGGGGGGUCUCCGGCGACCAUCACGGCGCCUCUCAGCCCCAGGAGACCGACUCCGACGGCGGAGCCGAGGACUGGGACGACUCACCACACGUCCCUGGGGUGAACGGUGUCCACAGCGGCCCCGUAAAGGCCCACAGAGAGCCACGCGGUGGCAUGGCGGAUGGGGGUCCAUUUGAUGGGGCUUCAGAGGACCUGGUGGAGGAGGGUUACCUGGGUGCCGCCGCUGCUGUCUUCUGCCCAGAAGGGCCGAACUAUGGCCGGGACUCCAGUGACAGUGAGGAGGAGCUAGAGGAGCUUCGCAACGAGGAGGAAUGGCGGGCAGCCGUCGCCGAGAGGCGCGCCCAGCUGGAGCGUGGUCCCAUCGGCCUGAGCCUCAUGGAGCAGGCGAUGGCGCUGCAGUCGGAGCAGAGGCAGGUCCUCCACAACGCCUACAAGGAGAUGGACAGGUUCCUGCUGGAGCAGAUGAGCAGCGAGAGAAGGCACCAGAGGCUCAUUGAGAUGGACGGGCGGAGCGCCUACAAUGGAUGCAAAGACUCGCCACGCUCGGAGAAGAAGGAUGUCAAAUGCCCAACCCCCGGGUGCGACGGCACUGGACACGUGACCGGACUGUACCCACACCACAGGAGCCUGUCGGGGUGCCCCCACAAAGUGAGAGUGCCCCCUGAGAUUCUAGCCAUGCACGAGAACGUGUUGAAGUGCCCAACUCCGGGCUGCACGGGCAGAGGCCACGUGAACAGCAACCGCAGCACGCACCGCAGCCUCUCGGGCUGCCCUAUUGCCGCUGCCGGGAAGAUCUUGAAACCCCAGGAGGAUGCGUCCAAAGCCGGACAGAUGUCUGAACGCUUCCCCAGGACCCCUGGCCUGGUGAAGAAGUUCGACUUCAAGCAGUUGAGCUACCGCUUUGCACACCCCGUCGCAGCCCUGCAGGCAAGCCUAGCCAAGGACCUGGACAAGUAUGGCAAGAUUCGCUUCGACUACGCCAGCUUCGAUGCCCAGGUCUUUGGCAAGCAGCCAGCCGCGCCCACCAGCCAGGACGCAGACGUGUGUCCCUUCCCCGAGCCCUCCUCGCAGUACCCAGGUGUACUCACCCAGGGCGGCCGCCUCUCUGCACCACGGGGGUUGAGCCCCGUCCACUAUGGCCCAGCCAGCGAUGACUUCCAGGCUACAGUCGCCACCAACGCCAUUCUCAACCUGUCCACCCGCUACCGUGGCAACGCGGACACCACCAGGCCGCCGAUCUCCUGCACAAAGGAUGGGCACAUAGAGGUGGAUGAGAAUGGCACUCUGGACCUGAGCAUGAAGAAGAACCGAGAGAAGGUAAAAGCUCCGUCAACGGUGCCUUCAGGCGAGGCUCCGCCCACCCCCGAGUCAUCGCCUUCCAAGUCCAGCAGCGUCCGCGGGACCCCGGCUUUCUACCAGGCACUCUGUGAGCCGGAUGCUUGGGACGCCCCACUCAACUUCAGCAAAGCGCACAUCAUAGCAGACAGAGAGAAGGAUGACCUUGACAGCAUGGCGCUGGAGGACAGGAAAUACCCUGGGGAAGUGAACAUGUCGAGCCCCAAAAACAAGAUCCUUUCACGGGACGCUAAGAAGGAGCUCAUGAGCUGCCCGACUCCGGGGUGCGAUGGAAGUGGUCAUGUCACAGGAAACUAUGCUUCACAUCGAAGUGUCUCUGGGUGUCCGUUGGCUGACAAGACCCUCAAAUCCCUGAUGGCAGCCAAUUCUCAGGAGCUCAAGUGCCCAACGCCUGGCUGUGACGGCUCCGGUCAUGUGACGGGAAACUACGCGUCACACAGAAGCUUGUCAGGCUGCCCACGUGCACGGAAGGGGGGGCUGAAGCUCACGCCAAACAAGGACGACAAAGAGGACCAGGAGAUGAAGUGUCCAGUCAUUGGCUGUGAUGGCCAAGGCCACAUCCUGGGUAAAUACACGUCCCACCGCAGUGCAGGAAGCUGCCCCAUCGCUGCCAAGCGCCAGAAGGAAAGCGCCAUCAACGGUUCAGCCUUCUCCUGGAAGCUGUGCAAGCAGGAAGUGCCCCACUGCCCGCUGCCUGGCUGCAACGGCCUCGGCCACGCCAACAACGUGUUUGUCACCCACCGCAGUUUGUCUGGCUGCCCGCUCAAUGCCCAGAGCAUCAAGAAGAAGCUCUCCGGAGACGAGAUGAUGACCAUCAAAGUGAAGGCGAGCAGUGGUGUGGAGAGCAGCGAGGACAUGCAGCACCUGGACCACGAGAUCAAGGAGCUCAAUGAGUCCAACCUGAAGAUUGAGGCGGACAUGAUGCAGCUGCAGACCCAGAUCUCCUCCAUGGAGUGCAACCUGAAGACGAUCGAGGAGGAAAACAAGAUGAUCGAACAGCACAAUGAUAGCCUUCUGAAGGAACUAGCCCGUCUGAGCCAGGCGCUCAUCAGCAGCCUCACCGACAUCCAGCUGCCGCCAAUGGGGCCCAUCUGCGAGCAGAACUUCGAGGCCUAUGUGAACACCCUGACGGACAUGUACAACAACUCGGAGCACGACUACUCGCCAGAGUGCAAGGCCCUCCUGGAGAGCAUCAAGCAGGCCGUCAAAGGCAUCCACGUGUGAGACGGGCUUCUCAAACCCGGGGCGGCGGCUCGGGCUGCGCGUGCAGGAUGGCGCCGGGUCCACGGGCGCAAGGGACGCCUCCGCACGCAUCUCCGUUUCACAGCAGACACAUUGCACUGAAUGAAAUCAUACCAGCCGUGACACGUUAAGGACUACAAAGACAAUUUGCUUAAUUUAAUCUAAUUUAUUUAACCAAUUUUUACUCCCCACUGCCUU